GUUAUUGCACAGAGACAGAAAGUUACGACGCUUAAGUUAGCUGCCGUUUAAGCAUGUCUACGGAGUUGGAGCUGCCCUUCCGGCCGGACAACCAGCUGACGGAGGUGAUGCGGCUGCGGGUUCAGUCUCUGCAGCAGCGGGGCCAGAAGAGGCAGGACGGCGAGCGCCUGCUGCGGCCCAACGAGGCCGUGUACCGGCUGGACUUCUCCAAACAGUCCCUCCACUUUUCACACUGGACGGUUCAGCUGGCGCAGGUGGGACGCCUCACCAUCACCGCCACCUCGCAGCUCUGGACGCCCGACCUCACCAACCUGAUGACGCGUCAGCUGCUGGAGCCCGUCGGGACUUUCUGGAAGGCGCCAAACGACGCACGCGACGCGCCCGUCCAGUGCUUCGAGGCGGACGCGCACGAGUUUGGAGAGAGGAUCGCGGAGCUGGCUAAGGUCAGGAAGGUGAUGUACUUCCUGUUUGCAUUUGCAGAAGGAUGCAGCCCCGAGACUAUCGACUGCUCCAUCACCUUCUCAGUGGAUAGUUGAGACUUGGACCAAAAACCUGGACGGAUAUUUGCUACAAACUCUUCUUCUGUACUUGUCCUGUGCUUGUGUGCUUUUAGUUGAAGAAGAAAAGUUAAUUUUAGGUUAACCCUGCAUUUUUUUUGUAUGGACGGCUUCCUCUCAAACUGGAAAAGCCUUGAAUUUUACAUCUAACAUCCUGUAAGAACUCUUUAAGAUUUAACUUGCUUCUGUUCUCCACAUGAGGUGUUUCUUUAUUUCCUUGUAUUCUGUGAUAUUUGGCGUAAAUCCAAAUAAAUCUAACGAAUCAAAAAGGUGUAUCUGCAUUUUGUUAACAACUGUCUGAACACGGAUCAGUGCUUGUUGGUUGAGCAAAACUGUUACCCUCCCUCUCCUCCUGCUUGAC